AUGCUCAAGUCGAAGAAGAAGGACAAGGACACCAAGAGUGAGAAAGAGGAUAAGAAAAAAGAGGCUAAGGAAAAAGAGAAGGACACCACGAGAAAAGAGGACACCAUACUAACCCCGGUAACUAACGGUGAUACAACAUCGACAAAUGACAACUGUACUGCAACUGUACCACUGAUAAGGACCGAGGAUGCUGUGGCUGUCGACGACACCAUUCCACCGGACGCUCCUCCACCCACUGCACUCAAAAAGCCAUCUCUCGCCGCUGGUCCGGCAGUUCCACGUCGCGAUCGACGGCAGAGUAGUUCGCAGUUUCUGAUUUCGGCAAAUCGGGAGCUGGUCAAACUACCGAAUAUCAAAGAUGCUGAACCGGCGGCGCGAGAAGAUCUAUUCAUUCAGAAGUUACGCCAAUGUUGUGUUGUAUUCGAUUUUGCCACUGAUCCACUAUCUGAUCUCAAAUACAAAGAAGUGAAGCGAACAACGUUGAAUGAGUUGACAGAUUAUGUGCUGUCAUGUCAGGACGCAAUCACUGAAGCGAUUUAUCCCGAGGUUGCUGCUAUGUUAUCAGCCAAUCUGUUUCGAGUUUUAUCGCCACCAUCGAAUCCCAUCGGUGCUGAAUUCGACCCUGAUGAAGACGAGCCCACUUUAGAGGCAGCUUGGCCACAUUUGCAGUUAGUCUAUGAGUUCUUUCUUCGUUUUCUUGAAUCGUCUGAGUUUCAAGCGAACAUUGCCAAGAAAUAUAUCGAUCAAAGAUUCGUUCUGAAAUUGAUUGAAUUAUCGGAUAGCGAAGAUCCUCGAGAACGUGAUUUCUUGAAGACAACUCUGCAUCGAAUUUACGGAAAAUUCUUAGGACUGCGUGCUUACAUGCGCAAGCAAAUCAACAACAUCUUCUAUUCGUUCAUAUACGAAACUGAACGACACAAUGGCAUUGCAGAACUUUUAGAGAUUCUUGGUAGUAUUAUAAACGGAUUUGCAUUGCCACUGAAAGAGGAACAUAAAACAUUUCUGCUGAGGGUUCUGUUACCUCUUCACAAGGUGAAAUCACUUUCUGUGUAUCAUCCACAAUUGGCGUAUUGUGUCGUGCAGUUCCUCGAAAAAGAUCCAACCUUAACAGAACCGGUUAUUAAUUCAUUGCUGAAAUUUUGGCCGAAAGUGCAUAGUCCAAAAGAGGUGAUGUUUUUAAACGAAUUAGAGGAGGUUCUCGAUGUAAUCGAGCCUGCUGAAUUUCAAAAGGUCAUGGUACCGCUCUUCCAUCAGUUGGCCAAAUGUGUCUCUUCACCGCACUUCCAGGUGGCUGAAAGAGCGUUGUAUUAUUGGAAUAACGAGUACAUAAUGUCUUUGAUAAGCGAUAAUGCAGCCGUCAUUCUGCCGAUUAUGUUUCCAGCUCUUUAUAAAAAUUCUAAAAACCACUGGAAUAAAACCAUUCAUGGACUUAUCUAUAAUGCGCUGAAGUUGUUCAUGGAGAUCAAUCAGCGACUGUUCGAUGAAUGCUCACAAAAUUUCAAUCGUGAACGUGAGGCGGAGAGUGCUCGAUUGAAGGAGAAAGUGGCCACGUGGGAGAUGAUCGAACGGAAAGCACGGCAGAAUCCUGAGUAUGAAGCAGUACAAGCAGUGCUGCAGAAUACGGUGAGCGAACCGAUAAUUUCUUUACCAGUUGACGACCAAGAGCCCGAUCCCGGCCCACUGGAUCCGAAUGAUAUUAAACAAAACGCUACAAAUUGUGCUAGUGUACGUGUUGUUGGCGACGACAUUCGUGGUGUGGCAGAGUCGGUUCGUCGAAGGAGUGAGCUGCCGCACGAUCCGGAUACGGACCGUGCUUUGGACGAGCAUAGACGUCAUGAUGCAUAUCUUAAGUCUGUACCGAAUGACUGA